UGCCAACGCAGAGUUGUAUUUUGAGCAUUUUUGUAUAGCUUCCGAUAUUCCUCGUUUUGCCAACUCUAGUAAAUUCCGUACACAAUUUCCCCAUCCGUUGCAAGUAAACAAUAACUACCGGCCGCAAUGGACCAAUGCUUCUUUUGCGGCGCCGUAGAGCUGGGUGACGCCGGAACUAGCUCUAGUCGCUACGAAAAGCUAUCCGCCAAGGUGCCCUCCUCGCAGAAAACUGUCUCGCUGGUACUGACGCAUCUGGCCAACUGUAUCGGCACAACGUUAGACCUUUCGCCAAGCAGCCGCCUUUGUAAGCGCUGCUUUAACGAACUCGCAGACUACGACAGCAUCAUGGUUAAUCUGAUGACAACCCAGAAGCGUCUUACGACUCAACUUAAGGCUGCCCUUAAUUCCGACUUCGAUGGUACGGAAAACGGCGAAGAGGUUCUAUUGGAGGAGGUGGAGAUGCCGCAGGAUGACGCUGACACAGACGCCGAAGCAGAGGCUUUGUUUGUAGAGCUGGUCAAAGAUCAAGAAGACUCUGAUGUAGACAUCAAGCGAGACUACGACGACGAUGGAGAGGGCGAAGGCGAUGGUGAAGAUGAAGAAUUCAUCUGCGAAGUAGAAGUGGGCGACUCUGAAGGAGCUGUCCAAAAACGAGAGUCCGACGGCGACGAUAAACCUAUGAGAAAGCGAAUCAAGCAGGAGUGCAGCACCUGCGGAAAGGUGUUCAAUUCCUGGUACCAGCUACAAAAACACGUCAGCGAGGAUCAUUCCAAGCAGCCCAACCAUAUCUGCCCGAUUUGUGGAGUGAUUCGCCGAGAUGAGGAGUACUUGGAGCUGCACAUGAAUCUGCACGAGGGGAAAACAGAAAAGCAGUGCCGUUACUGCGACAAGAGUUUCUCCAGGCCCGUAAAUACCCUGCGUCACAUGCGCAUGCACUGGGACAAGAAGAAGUACCAAUGCGAGAAGUGCGGGCUGCGCUUCUCCCAAGACAACCUACUCUACAAUCAUCGACUGCGCCACGAAGCCGAAGAAAACCCCAUAAUCUGUAGCAUUUGCAAUGUAUCCUUCAAAUCACGCAAAACAUUCAACCAUCACACGCUUAUCCAUAAAGAGAAUCGGCCCAGGCAUUACUGUACCGUUUGCCCAAAAUCUUUUACCGAACGCUAUACCCUCAAGAUGCACAUGAAAACCCAUGAAGGGGACGUGGUGUAUGGGGUGAGAGAAGAAGCUCCAGCCGAUGAGCAGCAGGUCGUCGAAGAGCUGCACGUGGACGUGGACGAGUCCGAGCAGGCGGUGACAGUGAUUAUGUCUGAUAACGAUGAAAACAGCGGCUUUUGCCUGAUAUGCAGCACCAAUUUCGAAAGUAAGAAGGAACUGGAGCACCACUUGCAGUUUGACCACGACGUCGUUUUGAAGUAAACUAAUUCAGAUACUAAGCUAUUUUAGUCUAGUAUAUAUUUCCUUUCCUUUGUACGUCAAAAUGUAGGACCCGUCUACAAAUAUAAUUUAAUUGUAUUAAAACUAAAAUUUUCUUUAGAAUUAUCAUUGUUUCAAAAAUACCCAAAAAACUAUUGACGUAAACUUUGUAUACAUUAAGCCACAUAAGCAUACAGCAAAUAAAUUCGAUUCGAAUAUCC